AUGUUGUUGUUUCAAUUAACAAAACUAGAUUUGAGAGAAAGCCCAUUUCUUCAGGCUGAAGUAAAGAAGAAAGAUUUGGAUGCUGAAAGAAUGUCAGAUAAAGAUGCUAUGCUUGAGACCUCGGACGUGAGUACUCCUAAAUCACAAGAAGCUGCUGAUGCCAACCCUCAUUUUAUAUCUACUAUUAAACCUUACACCCUCAGAUUUCCUGUUUUGUAUCUUCCAAUCGCUUUUGCAAAAUCAAAUGGCUUGCUGGAUAAACGCGAGUUGAUUAUCAUGGAUGAAAAACGGAGAUCAUGGUCAAUGUGCCUUGGGCAAAUUGACAAGCGCCACUUUGGAAUUAAAAAGGGAUGGCGAAAGUUCAUAGAAGCCAACGGUGUUCAAGUAGGAGAAACUUACAAGUUUGAACUCAUCAACAAUGGCAAAAUACCUAUAGUUCAUUUCCAUUGUAAAUAUGAAGCAAUUGGUGAUGGGAAAGGAAACUAGGCACUAAAGCUAGUGGAUAUAAUGUUUUUGGAUCUACUACAUUUUGCUAUAUCUUAAAAAAAAU